UCCUAUUGGCAUAUAAAAGCGGGUGCGAAGCCAACUACCAAAGUGGUGCCUAAAUUCUUGGGCGGCGCCGGAGAGAUUAGAAAAGUCAAGGCACGGCGGCGAGGGAGCGAGAUGAAGGCGGAGACGGUGACGCUGGUUCUGGUGAACCUCGCCGGAGUCAUGGAGAGGGCCGAUGAAUCUCUCUUACCAGGCGUCUACAAAGAGGUCGGCGCUGCCUUGCACACCGAUCCUACUGGUCUCGGCUCGUUGACUCUCCUCAGAUCCAUUGUGCAGGCCUCUUGCUAUCCCUUGGCUGCAUACUUGGCUGUGCGCCAUAACCGAGCCCAUGUUAUUGCCCUCGGCGCGUUCCUCUGGGCGGCUGCUACGUUUCUCGUCGCCUUUUCCUCUACUUUCCUUCAGGUUGCUGUUUCCAGAGCAUUGAAUGGAAUUGGCCUUGCAUUAGUUGCACCUGCCAUCCAGUCCCUUGUAGCAGAUUCAACAGAUGACAGUAACCGUGGUGUGGCUUUUGGAUGGCUUCAACUGACAGGCAACCUAGGCUCCAUUAUUGGUGGGCUGUGUUCAAUAAUAAUAGCUCCAAUGACAUUUAUGGGAAUCCCCGGUUGGAGAAUUGCAUUUCAUCUUGUUGGACUAAUCAGUGUUUUCGUUGGCAUUCUAGUCCGUUUCUUUGCACAUGAUCCACAUUUUUCAGAUGACGGCACAAAGACUAGCAAUCAUGUCCCACCCAAUAAUUCUUUUUGGUCUGAAGUGAAGGAUUUGGUUCGGGAAUCCAAGUCAGUUAUGAAGAUUCCAUCCUUCCAAAUCAUAGUGGCACAAGGUAUCACGGGGUCAUUUCCCUGGUCAGCCUUGUCAUUUGCAGCAAUGUGGUUGGAGCUCAAGGGCUUCUCCCAUGAGAAGACCGCUUUCCUUAUGGGCAUGUUUGUGGUUGGAAACUCUCUGGGAGGCUUGUUUGGAGGUAAAAUGGGUGACAUCCUCUCCACACGUCUCCCAAACUCUGGGAGGAUUAUUCUGGCACAAAUCAGCUCAGCCUCAGGCGUUCCUCUAGCUGCAGUUCUUCUGCUCUUCUUGCCUGAUAGCCCAUCUACGGCAUUUGUCCAUGGACUAGUCUUGAUCAUUGUGGGGUUUUUCAUAUCUUGGAAUGCUCCAGCUACAAAUAAUCCCAUUUUUGCUGAGAUCGUUCCUGAAAAGUCUCGAACUAGUGUCUAUGCUUUAGAUCGCUCCUUUGAGUCUAUUUUGUCAUCAUUUGCCCCUCCUGUUGUUGGACUUCUGGCUCAACAUGUCUAUGGUUAUAAGCCCGUUCAAAAAGGAUCUAGUGAAUCUGAAGAGAUUGCCACAGAUAGGGGGAAUGCAGCAUCAUUAGCCCGGGCAUUGUACACAGCAAUAGGAAUUCCAUUGGCUCUUUGUUGUUUUAUUUACUCAUUUCUAUACUGCACCUACCCAAGAGAUAAAGAACGAGCUCGUAUGGAAGCUUUAAUUGAAUCAGAGAUGCAGCAAAUAGAAUCUGAAAGUCCAUCUUCAGGUGCUGGAUACUCUCAAGUUCAUUUUGCAGAGUCAGACGAGCUAUAUGCUAGGGAUAGAACAGUCAUUGAUGUGGAUUAUGAAGAAGAGGACGAUCUACAUUUUGAUGAUGAUGAAAAGGCAGCUCUUUCUCGCCAGUUGACAUUUGCAAAUUUUGUCAAACACUAGCCUUCCAAGGGGAUGUAAUCUGUUGGUGUAGCUUUUUAACUCGCAGGAAACCAAAAAGUGAAACUCCAUUCCACAUAUAUCGGUCUCGACCGUCCUGGAGUAUUAUAACUCAAAACAGAAGGUGAAAUAUUCAUUGAAGAAUUAUGAUGAGUAGCUAUUCUUCAGUUCAGUUUAAGAACUAGAGGGGAGCCUCCUUGUAGCAGAGUUUGUGGAUAGUCAUAUAGGCCUCUGCUGUUGUACAAGCUUAUGUUCAACCAAACGUGUACAUUGAAAUGAAGGUCGGCUCCUCCUAUAGGUUUAAUACACAUGCUUUUCUUCUAAUUUGGUUUCACUGUGGGAAGGAAUCUAUUAAAUUUGUCAUAUAUUACACUAUAUUCUUAUUUAUUGGGUGAGUAGCAGAACAAGCCUUUUUCCAAACUUUUCUUGGAACCAAAAAACGAACAUGUUUCUGGUUCCUACUUUUCUGGAGAAAAUUUUACA